AUGGCAGCAGAGGGGCAGUCUGACAGGGUGAUGCAUGACCUGGAAGUGCGCAUGGCGCAAAGGUCGACCACAAGGCUGAGCACGGUGGGACGGAGUACCGUCCCCCUGCGGGUCCCCUGCUCGCCGCCAGCGCCCUCGCAAGGAUCCCAGCCAGUUCGGAAGGAAGCAAGGGCCCGCGGCCUGCCCGAGGUCGGAGGAACGAACGCGGCGAGCCAACGACACGCGACGCUCGCGCUGCAAUGUCCUCGCGGCGGUGCGAGCUCCGGAUCUCGGGGCCGCGAGCCGCGGCAGCCGCUGCCGAGCUCCCGGCCCGGCUCCGAACGGCGCAGCCCCGCGCCAGGCAGCGCGCAGCGCCCCGCGCCGCCCGCGCCCGGCCGUGCCCCGCGGCAGUCCCGGCUCCACGCCAGCGGCCGGGAUCGGCUCCGCCCCGCCCCGCCCCGCCCGGCGGAGGCAGCGGCUGCGCCCCGCGGCAGACGCGCAGCGCCCCGAGCCAUGGCCGCCCGCCGCCUGCUGGGGCUGCUCGCCGCCGCCGCGCUGCUGGGCGCAGGCUGUGGGGACGACCCAGGGGAAUUCAGCCUAGAAGAUGCCCUCGGCCCCAUACGGCCCACACCUAAGAGACCCAGUAAGCCGGCUGGUGGGACAGGAGGGAGAGACUUUGACCUAGCUGAUUACUUCGACAGCCCCGUGGAGCCCACCACCAAGCCAGCCAGGCCCACUGCCAGGCCCUUCCCACGGCCGGGGAAGCCAGACAGUGGCUUUUGGGAUGUCAUCCGCACCACCACCAAGCGGCCAAAAACAACGCAGACCCCCCGCAAACCGAACCCAGGGAAGAAUCCUUUGGAUCUGGACUUGGCUGAUGCCCUUGGAGAUGGGGACGAUGUGAGGGAUGGCAGGCAGCCGGCGGUGAGGCCGGAGGAAGGAUUUUCGGACAGUGACCUGGAAGGCAUUGUGGAUGAUGGCUACAGCCCUGACAAGAAGAAAGGAUCUGGAGGCAACACCGACAGCCAAGACAACCGGGUGGAAACGGGCACCAUCGCCGGCAUUGCCAGUGCCCUGGCCAUGGCACUUGUGGGGGCCGUCUCCAGCUACAUCUCCUACCAGCAGAAGAAGUUUUGCUUCAGCAUCCAGCAGGGACUUAAUGCGGAAUACGUGAAAGGGGAGAACAUGGAAGCUGUCGUAAGCGAGGAGCCCCAAGUGAAAUACUCGGUACUGGAAACACAGUCGGCAGAACCGCCGAAACACGACGGCGCGAAGGUGUGAGGGCACGGCCUGCCGUCCCCUCUGCUGGGAAGGAACCAGCGGCAGCAAAGGCCGAGAUCUCACCUGCUUGUAAUUUAGCUAUUUAUUUCAUUUGAAUCCAAAGCUGUUUGAUGUGCACUUAGGCUUCUUACUGCUCUAGGCUUUAGGGAUAGGAUGGCAGUACGUGUUUAUUUUUUGUAACAAGAUGUUUACAUGGAAGGAAUACUGCAGGUUUGACUGCAAGUUGUAUUCAAACCAGCAGCAGGUGCUUCAGCAGCAAUUCCCUGUGGGUAAAGGACGAGGUCUUUUGCAAGGACUGCUUACAGGUGUGAGGGCGGCAAAGUGCCUGUUGUUAGCAACCCAAAGCAAACCAGCCACCUCCCUCGUCAGUCUCCCUGUGCCACAGUGCUGCUGCCAAGGCCUGCCCUCACUGCCUUGGUGCUGCUUCCUCCUCCUCCUCCCUCUCAUACUGAUGCCAAGAUGUGGGGACAGACACUUUGUGAUGCGUUUUCCCAAAGCAAUGGGCAGUGAAAGGGCUAGCUGCCUAGUGUAAAAGGAACUCCCAGUUUACAUGUAGCCCUGACAUACUUGUGUUUUUUAAAAUGUUUUGUGAAUCCCAGAUUGUGCAAAUGUACGCAGACUACCAAAAGCACUUCCUUUGAUUCAGAGCUGUCAGGCAGACAUGGCUGCCACGAGGCCUCGCCAUCAUCCUUGAGAUCCCUUCUGGCUCGAGCCAUUCUAUGACUCGGUGAGCCUUCUGUCCCACAGCUCCCUUGGAAAGGAAAUGGCCCAGUCACGUUUUAAGUACUUUGCAACAGCUGCGCAGCUCUUUAUGCUCGUCUUAACACUUGCAUUUUUGGAGCCUUACACUAGCUCUAGCAGAACAACUACGGCAUUUUAUAAGGGAGACGAGUUCCAAUGAUAUAUGGUGCCUCGUGUAUUUAGAGCACUUAACAGCAGUAUUGUAGGCUGUCACUACUUCAUUGUACAAAAGUGAGUGGAUUAGAAAAAAUAGUUCUCAGCUGUUCUGAGACUGUAACUCUCUGCUCCUGUGUAAUGAGCAAGAGAGGGAAUGGCCUCAUGUGCCGGGUGAGGGUCAGGUUGGAUGCUAGGAAAUACUUCUCUGGGAGAGUGGUCAGG